ACCUUGGUUUUGGACAGUCUUGAAAUAAAUAAAGAGAGGGUAGACACCUAUUGGUAAUCCAUUUCUGCUGGUAGUUCGCUGCUGAGGCGGCAGACAGCGCCGUUUUGACGUCUUCAGCUAUGUUCGGGAAAGGAACUUCGUGCUUCACAUUGUUUGAAAAUCCACCACGCUGGUAAGAUGAGGCUUCAUAGACACGGCAAGCUUGCCUUACUUUUGGCCUUAGCCUUGGUGUUUUGCUGGCUCUUACUCUAUUUUGUAAGUUCAUCGGGGACAAAAGAAGAUCCAGACGAAACAAGAAUUAUAUUGGCUCCUCCAAUAUGGGAAAAAAGAAAACUUCAGCAACCAGACGAUCAGUUUUACAAAGAAAAAGAAGAUAAUGAAUAUGUACCUCAGGGUGAUGGAACUUCAGUUUUGAAGCUGCCAGAUCAUGGUGGGAUGAUGACUGUCAUAGAUGACUGGGAAAGAGAACAGUUACAUGGCCGUGGCCCUGUUGUGAGGAAUAAGCAAGAUGUAUUUGGUGCUGAUGAUAAAAAAUUUGUCUCCCAGAAAAUGCUCACAAAUCAAGAAUCAGAACCAGGUGAUUCUAAAACUAACAAGGAUGCAGCAAAUAUCAACAACAGAUUAGAUAAGCUUGCAAAAGAGAUGAAAAUUCUGCUGAGUGACUUUGAUGUCAAGAACCAAGAUUCAAGUCAAAAGGAAAAUUCAGUGGUCGUGCAAGAAACCAGUAGUUCGAAGGGCACUGUACCUCAGUCACCUCAGUACGUAGACAAAAUUGCUAUACUUACUCCAAUAGCUAAUGCUGAGAGUAGGCUAGAUAGCUAUGCUAACCUUAUUAGGUCUUUGUCUUACCCACACAGUCUGAUCUCUGUCAUGUUUGGAGAAGACUCAAGUGGAGAUGGGACUCUUGAAAAAGUCAAGGUUGUAGUAGAUAGACUGAAACACGAGUUUCGUAGAGUCCAGUUCUUCCAUUUCAGUGAUAAUUUUUAUAUAAAGCAAGACUGGUCAGAAAUCCACCGGAAAUCAAUUCAGUUAAAAAGACGCUCCCACUUGGCUAAGUCACGCAACAAUUUGAUAUUUGAAGGACUUAGAGAUGAAGACUGGGCACUAUGGAUAGACAGUGAUGUAACCAGUUUUCCAAGUGACUUGAUACAAAAACUUUUGGCUGCAAAAAAAGACGUGGUGGUUCCAAGUUGCAUGUCAAUGGAUGAGAGAGGUGAUGUUCAUCUCUAUGACAGAAAUACAUGGCGUGAAACCAAGUCCUCUCUUGCCCUACAGAAAGUUCGAUCUCCAGAUUAUCUCAUGCUAGAAGGAUAUGAUCAGAGUGAGAGGCUCUUUUUACCAGAUUUAAAAUCUGAAGGAGAUGUAGUUCAAAUAGAUGGGGUUGGAGGAUGUGUUCUGUUGAUAAAAGCUAUUCAUCACAAGCAAGGUCUUAUAUUUCCCCCAUUUAUAUUUGAUCAUCACAUUGAGACAGAGGGUCUUGCCAAGAUGGCAAAGGCAAUGAAUAUAUCUCUGUGGGGUAUGCCAAAUUUGGAAGUAUAUCAUUGAGGAUGCUGUCCACUGGUGUUGUCAUUUAUGUCCGUGAAAAUAUCUAUAGAUGAAAUGGCCAGAUUUUUUGGUUUACAUUAUGUGCAAGUUUCCAAUAUCUCUAGUCGUGUCACUGUGAAUUAACGGACCAUGUCAAUAAUUGCAUAAUUUUACUUGCACAAUUUAGAGGUAUAACUAAUUGUCAGAUGUUUAACUGCUGGUAAUAUUUUUUAUCUACAUGUAUUAUCUUAUUUCCAGUAAUCGUAUUUACAUUCCUAUAUCACGGAAACAUUCUCUACUUUAUAUCUGCGUGGUUAAUUUUUUAAAAAAUAUUUUAUUAGAAGCAACUUAUCAGAGAGUAAUUACUUAUGAUGUACAAACUGCACACUUUUUCUAAUAUUUUAUUUCUUUUGUAGUUUUGAAUAAAUCAUUCCAGAAACAUGUGCACUUCUGAUAUGAAGCCAUUUCACUUUUCAGACUUUUUAGUUCAAAUCUAAAAAGUGUAAAGUGUAAAUUAGAAAACAUUGAGAAAAAUUGUGCACAGUUUGAAUUAAUGAAGUAAUUACCAUACAAACAAUUAAAUUGGGCAUAUUAUAUGAAAAAAAAACUUUAUUUUAAAAAUGUACAUGCUCUUAUUGUUUACUAGUAAGUAAUUGGAGAGAUCUGUUACAGGCAUUCCUUAAAUUGAUAUAUGCAUUUUUAUUCCUAAUGGAAUUGCAACAUUACUAAAAAAAAAUGUAAUUAUUUUGUUGUUAAGCUUUUGCCCCUUGAAAUAUAUGCAGAUGGAUUGUGCUUGUUGGUCAUGAUAGUGUUAAAUAUGGUGAUUAAUUUUAAGUGUGCAUUUUUGUGAGCCGUUCUGUUCUGUAGGAAUUUCAUUUUCCUGGCAUUUAGAACAAAAUAAUGUUCCCAGUAGGAAAUUAUUUAUUUUGAUAUUUUUUUACAUAGUGCAGAAGAAUACAUUCAAAAUUAGUAGCAAAAUAAGAUUUAGAAGUUUUAGUGCAAAUAUUACUUAUUUUCGAAAAUAUUGAUAAGAUUUAUCAGUGUUAUGUCAAUUUUUAGUCACAUAUAUACCAAAAUAUAUUUUUAUUGUCAGGUAAUUUUUGAAAAUGAAGAAUUAUGGUUAAAAAAUUUGUAUAUGCCACAAAUUGGGCAAAUGGCUUCAGUUGCUGGCAUUAUUAUGCGACAUUUCGCAUUUAUCAAAAUGGGGUUAAUAAGAGGGAGUUGGAGCAAAGGUAGUGUUUAUAACAUGCUGUUGUUCUUAAUCUUAAGAGGGGGGUCGUAUAUAACACUGAUUGAGAUAAGUUAAUACCACUAUAGUUCACUGCUGUUCAGUAGUCAUGUUUUCACAUGUAAUCUCAUACUUUUACAUAGUAACUUCUGCAUUUAAAAGUUUUUUGUGUUUGAACAGUUGGUUGUUCAUUAAGACAACCCUGGAGACCAUGCUAUGCAAAAACCCAAUCUGUUUACAUAAUUCAGUAGCUUAGGUGCUAGAUUGUUUCACUUUUUUUUAUAAAUUAAUUUUGAUUUUCUUUUUCAGUUUUCUUUUUCAGUUAAUGAUGCAUUUGUUUUUAAAACAAAGUCAUUUAUUUGAGUUGCACUGGCAAAUUGAAAGUGUUAAUGAUCUGCAGAUUUAUCUUUGUAAGCUCUCAGUUGCUUACAUGUUUUCAAAUAAAGAAAUAUUUUCA